AUGUCCUGGUAUUCUCUACUCACAUUGUUGCUCGUUUCCUCCAUUCUGUAUAUCCAACAUGUAACAUGCCUGUAUGUAGAAGAUACCCUAAAAAUUUCCCUUAUGAAUAUAAAAUCGGGGGAUUACAUAAAGCUGUGUUGUGAUAUUUUUUGCUCCUUUUAUAAAUAUGAUAUAUUUAAAAAGACAUUUUUUUUUUUAAAAAAAGAGAAUAAUAUAACGCUAUAUAAUUGUUAUGGCGUUAUAAAAAUUUAUUAUUCUAAGAAAUAUUUAUUUUAUUUCUCUACAUAUAUAAAUGUGGAGCAAAAUAAUAUUAUUGAAAUUAUCGAUUCUUUUGAUAAGGUAAAAAUCUCGAGAUAUGUUUUUUUCACACCUCUUUUUGAAUAUAUUACUACAAAAAAGAAUAAUAUGGUUUAUUAUAUUCCUUUUGGGUAUUAUAAAUUCGGGAAAUUAAAAAAUAAAAUGUUAAACGAUAAAAAGACACAUAAUAAUAAUAAUAAUAAUAACACAUCUUUAAUAAUAAAUAAUCAGAAGAUUUAUUAUACAUAUGAACAACAUACAAAGCAAAUUAAUAAAUUUAAAGAGGAUAUAUUUAAACAUAAUAAAUAUAAACAAGAUAGAAAAAAUAAUAAGUACACAACAGUCAGAAAAUAUAAAAAAUGCACAAUAUUUAGAAAAAAUUGUUUUACAUAUAUCAUUCCAUUAUUUUUUUAUUAUAUUAAAAGUAUGAAUUUAAAAAAAUGCAUACCUCAACAUAUUAAAUAUAAUAUCCAUACAAGUAAUAAUAAUAAUAAUAAUAGUAAUAGUAAUAAUCAUUUUUCUUCUUCUUCUUAUUAUUAUUAUUAUUAUUGUUGCUGCUAUUUUUUUUAUUAUACCAAGAAGAAGCAUUAUAUAUUGUCUUUGGGACACAACAAAUUAUUACUUCAAAAAAUCAUUUUUAAUAAAUGUAAAAUAUUUCAACAUAUAAUUGAACAAAAUGAGAAAAAUAAAUUAAGAUUAUAUAUGUAUGACAAUAUAAUAUUUCAUAAUAAUAUGAUGAAAAAAAAAAAACAAUAUAACAAUUUUGUGGAAGCAGAAAUUUAUAAAUUCUUAGAAAUAUUACUCUUUAGUAAUUCUUAUAAGAAGCCCCAUAUUUUAUAUUCAAAAGAUAUGGAAAUAAUAGAAUCACAUACGGUAAAAAAGAAUAAUAGAAAGGAUAUUAAAAAUUAUAACGAGAAUAAAAGGAUCAAAAUAAUAGUUAAUUCAUCAAAUUAUAAAUAUGAAAAAACACAAUCCAUAUUAUUUUUAUUAAUUUGUCUCCUCUUUAUGUUCUUUUUUCUAUUAUUUAUUUAUGUAAUUAUAAGGAAAAAACAAAAUAAAAAGAAUGUACAAAAUAAAGAAAUCAACAAAAAUACAUAUAACGAGAAAAAUUUAAAAAGACUGGCUGAAAUACAUGUAGAAUAUAAAAAAAAAAUACAAACAAAUCUUGGAUCUAAAAUAAAAGAUAUUACGAAUCGUGAUUUAAUAAAAUUAAUAACAUAUAAUAAAGCAGACUCUAUUGUCGUAUGUCAACCAUAA